AUUCAAAGUUUGUGCCUGUAGUAGUGAAGAAUUUAAAGGAAAUACAAAACAAGAAAAUGUCGUUAUCUAAAUCUUUUCUUAUUAAAACAAUAGAAAUGCAUACGGGUGGUGAACCUGUAAGAAUCAUUAAAAUGGGUAUUCCAGAACCCCAUGGUUCAACUAUACUUGAAAAAAGGAAGUUUAUGAAGGAGUUUUACGACGAUUAUAGAAAAUAUCUUAUGUUUGAACCAAGAGGUCAUUCAGACAUGUAUGGAGCCCUCUUAGUUAAACCUAAUCACCCUGACGCCGAUUUGGGAGUACUUUUUAUGCACAACGAGGGCUAUAGCACUAUGUGUGGUCAUGCAACAAUCGCUCUUGCCCGUUACGCAGUUGACGAGGGUUUAGUGAGCGUUUCCGAAAGUGGAUUUACCCCAGUCAGUAUAGAGUGUCCUUGUGGUCUUGUAAAUGCAUUCUAUGAUAAAAACAGUGGAAGGUCGUCAUUCAUUAGUGUGCCAGCUUUCCUUUACGAACAGGAUGUCGUAGUGCCCGUUGGAGGUUCUAUUGGAGAUGUAAAAGUUGACAUCAGCUACGGUGGAGCUUUCUACGCUCUAGUUAAUUAUUCUUCUCUAAAUUUGACACCGGAAACAGCAAAUACUGAACAAGUACGUGCUCUAGGCACAACGAUAACCAAUUAUCUUCGCCAAAACUAUAAGGUUACUCAUCCGGAAGAAGACGAUUUAAGUUUCAUCUAUGGUACCAUUAUUAUCGAUACUUUAUCAGAAAACAAGUCUACGUCUAAUGUUUGUAUAUUCGCCGAAUCAAGUAUUGAUAGAUCCCCAUGUGGUAGUGGAGUAACGGCUAGAAUCGCUUGUUUGGUGGCAAAAGAAAAUAUAGGUCUAAAAGAGGCUGUAAUUUUUCGCAAUAGUCUGACAAAGAGCGAAAUGAUAGGACAAGCUAUAGAACGAAUGAAGUGUGGUAAAUUCGAAGCUGUAAGGGUAAAGGUUGAAGGGCGUGGUUUUUAUAGUGGACGCUGCGAAUUCCAAUUAGAAGACGAUGAUUUACUUGGAAAAGGUUUUCUUAUAUAA